AUGAAUGUUGCUGCUGGGAUUAGUAUUUGCUGGAUAAUAAUUAUCAUAGUGUGCGAGCAGCAAGUGUUAUCAAUCUGUCCACAGUCAUGCAUCUGUAUAUCGGAGGAGCAGCGAAUAGCGCGGUGUGAUGGCGCAGCACUAAGCGACAUUCCAGCGCUUCUGGAUCCACGUAUGACAUCACUGAGCAUGUACAAUUGCACGUUGAGGCGACUGGAUCCCGAUGUUCUUGAAUUAUAUCCUGGUAUGUUUGCUUUCAGACCUAGAUAUUAG